AUGUCUCAGAUUUUUCAGGUUCUACGAUGUUACAAGUGCUUUAUUUUUCAAAUACACCAAAGGAAAAAGAGUAAUAAAUGGCAGUGCAAAAUUUGUAGCGAAAAACAAUCGGUAAAGCGGCAUUAUGGUAUUGGUACAGGAAAAGAAUGUAGAAUGCAUGUCCAAAAACUAAAUAAAAUGCAAGGUGACCAGCAUAAAUCUUCCGAAAUCAGUUCUUCAGAUACUGAGGGAGAGGAGCCAUGCAAUAUUCCUCUUGAUACUGUUAAAUCUAAGAAUAACAGCAAAUGGUCACAAUAUAUUGAGAACAGUGAUGAUUUAGAGGUUACGCCUAUUAAUGCAGCAAAGAGAUCAAAAACUACAUAUACAGAUAUUGAAAAUAACUGUAAUUCAAGCAAUGUGACUAUAGACAACUUACUUGAUGAUCAAAAGAGUAAACAUGAAGGAAAGAAUUUUAACCUAUCUUUAAAGUCUAGAUAUAGUGAGCCGAUAAGUAAGAUUAAUAUACAAAGUGUUUCCAACAAGAAUGAUCUAGGUGUGAUACCAAAGGAACAAUGUUAUGGAGAAACUAUACACAAGACAAAUAAGUCAUUGUUUAGGAAACAAAAUGUAUCCAAAUGGACAAAUUUUGUUGAUUCUGAGCAAGAUUGUACAAUAAAUGAAAGCCUAAGUGAUUGCAAUAAUAAAUAUUCUGUAAAUGAAGCAAAUACAACAAUGCCUGAUGGAUGUAACUCUCUUGAAGUUAAAUUAUGCUUAAAUAUUGACAAACAUAAUUUGGAAGUAAAUAACUUUUUAUUUUCAAUUACUGAUUAUAAAGAUAUUGACAAUAUUUUGGAUAUUUAA